AUGCCAAAGUGGUACAUGAAACCAUAUGUAUGCAUGGAGUGUGGAAAGAGUUUCAGUGAUAGUGGAAGCCUUACUUUACAUCAAAGAAUUCACACAGGGGAGAAGCCGUAUAAAUGUAUGGAAUGUGGAAAAAACUUCAGAAGUAGAGGAGAGUUAACUAAACAUGAAAGAACCCACACAGGAGAGAAACCAUACAAAUGUUUAGAGUGUGGAAAGAGUUUUAGUGUGAAAUCUAAACUUACUUUGCAUCAACGAACCCACACAGGAGAGAAACCAUAUGAAUGCAUGGAAUGUGGAAAGAGCUUCAGCAAUAGUAGAAACCUUUCCUCCCAUCAAAGAACCCACACAGGAGAAAAACCAUAUACAUGCACAGAGUGUGGGAAAAGUUUCAGUUGGAGCCACAGCCUUACUUCACAUCAAAGAACCCACACUGGAGAGAAGCCAUAUAAGUGUCUGGUGUGUGGAAAGAGUUUCAGUCGUAGUGAAAGUCUUACUUCACAUCAAAGAACCCACACAGGAGAGAAGCCAUAUAAGUGUCUGGAGUGUGGAAAGAGUUUCAGUCAUAGUGGAAGUUUUACUUCACAUCAAAGAACCCACACAGGAGAGAAACCAUAUAUAUGCCUACAGUGUGGGGAAAGUUUCAGUUGGAGGCACCACCUUACUUCACAUCAGAGAACCCACACAGGGGAGAAACCUUAUAAGUGUCUGGAGUAA